AUGAGGAACAAGUCGCGAAAGCGCAACGGCAACAACGACAAAAGCCAGAAAACCGCCAACAAGGACGCCUGGCGCGUCGAGUUGGACGCGACAUCCAUCAACGACGAUCGCUGGUGGUGUAUAGCGACGAUGAUGGUGGAGACGACGGUCGAGCACAGUCGCCACGUCUCUCUGUUAAACGAGACUGCCGAGGGUGAGAAACGAACGACGCGCGUUUGCUACCUGAGUCGCGGGAAUGCGACGGCCACGGUGAAAACGUUGUCGGAAGAAGAUCCCGAGAAAUGUCCCGUCGUACAGCGUAUCUGUCAUUACGCAAAUGCGCUGCUAAGCGAAAACAACGGCGAUCUGUCCGCCUGGCUGAUGGCACGGGUCGUCAAGUACCUGAUUUAUCGCGCCAAAAUCGAGCACGGACGGGGGACAAGGGUGGAGCGGGAUUUUGAGAUCUUGGCUUCUUCGCAGAGCGCCAUCGAAGGACCUGGAGGAACUCAGCGUGUCGGGGCUGGGUAUGUGUCGGACGGCAAAGGGAGCACGCGGCAACGCAGUGCGAAGGACGUUCCUUUUCACGAGCCCGAUCUCUACGUCGUACUUAGCGGCUUUCACGAUCCUGAUUUGCCCGUGGAACUGUUGAGCGUCGGAGUUCCUCUCACCUGUAUAUUGCAGAUUAAACUCCCGGGCGAGCCGGCGACCGCGUACCGCGCAGCGGACGGGCCGACGUUCGCGAAGAAAACGAGUUUGCCCGCAGAUUAUCGUGCCGGCGAGCUGCUCGACUUUUGGACCAUCACGAACCGACGCUUCUCCGACCCGUCGACCUACCCCGCGUAUUCAAACAUAGCCGUCCUCACUUUCUGCCCACCGCUAUUGCCGAGGAGCUACCGCGGUUUCGAGAAGAGAUCUUUCAUGCGAGACACAUACGACGAGAUGUCUCGCACUCUGCGCCAUUUGCAUCACCUUCACAGACAGCACGCCAAUUAUCUGGGAAGUAUGAAGUUAGAGAAGAGGAUCCUCGAGACACGAAGUCCAUCGAUAGACACUAGGAUUUACGAAGACACGCUGAGCGAUAUAUCUAACGAAUGCAUCGACGUGCCAUUGAUAUUGUGCGCGAUGCUCUUGCAGGUCGAAGCCAAUCUCGCGGGAUCUCCCGACGAGUACUCCUCUGCCGAACGUAACGCGGAGCUUCGCGGCGAAGAUACAUCGACGAGUCGCGUAUCGCAAAGUGAACGAAUGUUUCCGCGCACUGUACGGGAUAAACUCGAACGGCUUGAUCACGAAUAUGAACUUCGCGAAAAGCAUACCGAUCGGUCGUCGCGAUCUUCCGAUAUCGAGCUUACACUGCACGGAGAUACUUUGAGCGCGAUCGUUCGGCACAUUGAUCAUAAAAAAUCGAUCGAUCUGGUCGACGGGGUCCUACGCAUUUUGCAAGAUCCACGGAUAACGAAUGUCUGGCGAGAUCAUGAGGCGCCGGAGAGAUCGAAAGCCGAGAUGUACUCUCGUCACUUGGACAGUAUCGCUAAAAUGUUCGAUCGAGAACGGACGGUCAGUCGCGAAGAGAUGGCGCAUUACUUGCACCUCCUGAUGUUCGACAAGCUGAUUUUUUCCGGAAAUAAACGCGAGGAAGAGACACGAUGGACGAGAGGCGAAUCGUCGGGGCCGCGACCGACGACGACGAGGAGGAGGAGAUCACGGAGCGCGCCGAAUCUUACGCCGCCCUCGAUGGUAACGUGUAGCUUACGCGGUUCCGACACCGCGAUCGAUUACGGCGGUUCAGCGGUCGCCGAGUGGUCGCUUUUAUUCGCGUUAACCGACACCAGAGAGACGCUGUUGCCGGGAUAUUUGUACAAGAAUGUCUUGGAGCGGAGAAGUUACGAAAGACCAACCAUCGAGGAAUACGAAGACGUGGAGUUACUCUCGGGGCGAGUUUUUCCGCAGGUCGCUCGCGAGUGUUUCCAAAGUUUUGAUCGCUUCGCGGUUAGAUACUUCGAGCCGACGGAUUCGGCGCUUCUUUACUUCAGCAACAACAACGAGACGGACGACGUUCUGUCCGAGAAGACGCGCCGCUCGUCGAGUAUACGUACGCCCGUCCGAUUCCACGACUUCUGCAAAUACAUCGUGCGGGAGGAAGAGAAUUGGAUGAAGAGACGCGAGAUGCGGGAGACGCGCCAAUCGGAGCCGACAGGAAGAUUUAUGAAGGAACCCGCCGAGGUGGAAGACGACGCGAUCAUAUUCGACGACGAGUGCUUCGUACUUCCGGACUCGCUGAAAGCGCGCCAUCUGAGGGAGUGGUGUCCGGGUCGCGACAAAAUUUCCGAAACGAGCAUAUCGCCCGAGGACGUCCGCCAGGGCGACGAAAUGACGGGAGAGAAGCGUGACGGGGCGCCGAUGACGGGGAGCGGAAACGAGCGAGCGGACGUGAGAGUUACGAGCGGAAAAACAUCGAUGACGGGGAAAAAAUCGGGCCGGGAGAUAGAUGAUGCCGAUACGGCCAUCGCGAAAAAAAUUCUAUCACCCCGAUGUGCCGGGCAAGAGGACGAGAGGGAUGGCAAGCCCCGCGACUUCCUCGGUUAUGAUCUCGGGUGUGUUCGCGUUCAAGUGACUCAUCGCGGCGAGAGCUUCUUCCUGAGCGACGGCAUCACGGUGCGGAUCGAGGUCGACAACUGGCUUUACGGUGACUUCGAUUUGCGCGUCGCCGUCGCCCUGCGAGACUGCACCUUGCGAUUGUCCGGAGGAGCUGAUCGCCAUCGAUCGCCAAAUGCAUUUCACUUGACGACGAGGCAGGGGAUCGUGCUGGGUUUCCGCCGCAGCGGGGAGCCGGGUAUAAUCGAUACGGCCGAGCUCGCGGCCAGAAAGAGCAAUUCGGAACAAUUGACGGUGUCGAAGGGUAGGAAGGAAUAUGUCAUGGAUCCUGUGCGCAACAACGAAUCGAACGCGGACGUCCGGCUGUCGCAAAAUCGCACGAAAAUGCCAGCUGGAAAACGCGUGACUGUUAAGUUUCGUUUCGAUCAGAAUAUGACAGAGUGA